ACUGCGCUCUGCUGGAUCCAUAGGACCAACGCCUGGCAUCGAGUCUAACGCUUAACUUUCAGAAUGUUUUAUUUUCAUGCUGUGUCAUGGCAAAGCUGCUUAAUACAGGGUGUUACUGCCAAAGGAUCCACUUUGUCAACUUUUCCUUUCGAGCAUCAUAACUUUAAUGUUUUUAACUGAAGAACUUUUACCAUGUAACAAGGAUAUUUGAGAUGGAAAUAUCUUGGCUGAAAAUGUCAUGCAAAAUCUUUCUCACAAAAUCGCAAUUGAUUUCCAGGUUUAUUGUGAAGCAGAGUUUGUGUCUUUCUGCAUCAGAUAAGAAUCUUGCUGUAUGUCAGUUUUGAUGCAGUCGAUCUUUAACUGCAUGGCAGUUGAAAGAGUCAGGAUCAGUCGCUGCAGGAUAAGAAUCUGCAUUAAAAACUGAGUGUACAAUCCAAACUAAUUGCUUUGCAUGUUAUUGUUUUAAAUUAUCUUGUGUACAUUUUUGCAGAAAUGACUCUGCUUUCCUAUUACAUUUGGAGCUGUAGCUGUAUAUGAAUCAGAUCUGUUUGUUUUGCAUGGUACUCUGGGAUUAUAACUGAUGUAAAUUGGCAGUAUAUAAAUAAAACAGCAUUGAAUCCUUUUAAUUCUGCUUUCAGCUGCAGGGACACUGCUGUUUAAAACUCUGAAGCUACAUUUAGUGGUUUGCAAAGCUUCACUGCUCCCCAGGAUGCAUUUAAUCUUCUCGAUUAUAGUUUAAGAGUUACCUUAUAUCAGUACGUGAACGUCUGAGUCAUUAAGUCACUGUUCUGUAAAGUCCUAAACAUAAAGAUUGUUAGGGAUUAUUACAUUUGUGGAGCUCAGUUACAUGUUUAGACAGGAAAUCUUACAGAGGAUUCCACCGCGGGAAAAAAAACUUAGAGUUGGAUAUGCAUUUUGCAGUGGGGGAACAGCAUUGCAGUGGACGCCCAUGUGCUGAACAUUUAUAUUUGUUACCAUGGCGAACCUUCAAGAUGGAUCUUUGACACUGAAAUUAAACUACACAGAACUGACCAAGUGAUUCUGGACGUGUUGACAGAGCAGAUUAGCAUGAAUGGUGAUUGGGUGGAGAGAUUCUGAUCAUUUCUAAAAGGAAUAUAAUCCACCCUUCCUUUACUCCCCCCUCCUUCUUUCUCUCUUUUUCUCUCUCUUCCUCUCUCUCUCUCUCUUUGAGUCCCAGCCCCUGAAGGUGUCAUAACUGUGCUCUCUCUCCCUCUCUCUCACUCACUCACUCACUCCCGAUCACCGCCUUUCAGAUCUUUAAAAGCUGGCGCUUUGCUGUGUCUCUCUCAAUCUCCAUUUGUGUCCUCUGGCACUGCAGGGGGACUCAGCCGGCAAAGCGCCAAGGAAAUCUACUGUUUUAGGAGCAGGAAACGGACGCAGGAAAGCAGGGAAAAAAAAAAAAGACAAGAGUGAUAUACAUCCAGAAAUAGCAUCGACCACAUUUAACUGACAGGGAGUGACAGUGUGCAGAACCUGAGACCUGAACAGAAGAUGCCUCUCCUUUCUAACUUAACGGCUGUUGUGUUGCUGCUGAUCGCCCACUGCGGAUCCUGGGCCGGGGGAAGCCGCUGGGGGCCCUUCAAGGUCUGUCCCUCCUGCAAGGACCCCCUGGGGGCGGGCCGGCCCCCGAGGGACCACGACGUCGCCGGCAGCACGACAGUUUUGGCCCAGGGGGAGCCGUGUGGCGUGUACACCCUGAGCUGUGCCAAGGGGCUCCGCUGCGUGCCCCCACCCAGGGAGCACAGCCCCCUGCAGGCUCUGUUGCAGGGACGAGGCGUUUGCGCCAAGCACAUCAGAACUAGUCCCACCGAGAAGCCCCACCCCACAGGUCCACAUCCCUCACACUUUGGCGACCUUGAAAAAGCACCCUGUCGCAAGCUGCUCAACAGCGUCCUGAGGGGACUGGAGCUGACGGUCUUCCAGUCUGACCGCGACAUCUACAUUCCCAACUGUGACACCCGGGGCUUCUACAGGAAAAAGCAGUGCCGCUCCUCCAAGGGCAUGCAGCGUGGCCACUGCUGGUGCGUAGACGAGCUCGGUGCACCCGUGCCUUCCCGUGCCAGAGAGGACGGCACUUUACCAUGCGAUGGGGAGUGAGGGACGCGUCUGCCCGACUGCUCUGAGCCUGGAGAAGAAGAAGAAGGAGGUGGUGGUGGUUGAUGGGUGGAGGAGCUGGAGCACCGGGAGAAGAGGGCGGGUGGCUUUAGCAUGUGCUAGACACUGCCUGGACAGGAGGUAACAGGGAUAAACCACUCCGUAUGGGGAAAAUACACAUUCAUGCCCUCUCUUUCGCUCUGUUUCUUGUCUCUUGCAGCAAGAUACUCUCUUUUAUGGUCAAGCAUCAGCAACAGUAACAUCUGCCUGAAUGUCAAACAGCUGCAGCAGCGUCCUCUGCCUAGUCUCGGUGACAUGCUGCAUGCUCGUGUUAAUGCUCCGUGAACUGCCUCAGCGAUGAUUUAAAGACAAAACAAAAACAAAAACAGCCUCCGUAUUCCCUGACUCUUGUCCCGGCUUUUCUCCUCUUUUUCUUCCUUUUUCACUUUUUAGGGAUAGCUGACACUGCCUGUGUUUGUUCUGAUCUCAGUGGGCUGAAAUACUGUUACACAGGUGAUGUGACACAAAAACGUCUGGAAAAAAAAAUUUUAAAUUAAAAAUGUGUCUCCCUCACCGUCCUCUUUCUCCCGCUCUCCAAAGAUACACUGAUAUCGCCAUAAAUGACAGAAAAAUACUUCUUUUUUUUAUUAUUAACUUAUUUUUGAUUAUGUAUUGCCAUCAAUUACUGCUUGAAUCCUAUAGUAUCAAAUAUAUAUAGAUAUACAAAUACAUGUCAAGUCAGAAAAAAUAUCUAUAAGAGUGCAUUGGUUCAUUCUGACUGCCUAUCAGUUGUUUCUUUGUACAUAUGUUUCAUUUUUGUGGUGAAGUGGCAGACAAAAAGCUUACAGCUGUUACUCUUUUAAAAAAAAGUUGUAAGGCAUAUUUUUCUACACGUCAGUAUAAUAUUUUAUAUAUAUAAAUAAAUAUAUAUAUGAAUUGUUGAUUUAUUUAAUGAAGCUACAAUACAAUGCCAUGUAUUUUUAUAUUGUCAGCAGUUUCUUAUUUAAAUACAGAGAUUAUUUUAUUUCAUGUCGGGGUGAAGACGCCUUUUUGGACCACAAUGCAUUCAUUAGAGCUCCAUUCAACUGCUGUACAUGACAUGUAACGGUUUUAACUCAUGUUUAUCUCUUAAUUUUUUCCUUUUAUUUAUGUUUUUUAAGGGGUUAAGAAUGAGAAUGAUUAUUCUUUGUUUUAUUUCGGCAAGUCAAAACAUAAUUUUUUUAUUUCAGUACAAGAAAAGAGCAGAAAAAAAUAAGAUUUAUUAGUGUUAUGGUAUGUCUCUGCUGCGUCCUUGCAAAAGUCCCCCAAAAUCUGUGUGCUACUAAAUGAAAUUAAUGCUGUUUCUGACCAAUCUUGUUGUGCCAGUGUGUGUGCUGUGGUGAUAGGUCUCUGCACAGAGGACCUGUAAAACAUUUGCAAAUACAAAAAUAAAACAUGACAGUAAAAAUGGAGAAGAAUAAACAUAUAUUAAUAGAA